GGCUCUGGCUUGCUUCACGUUGCCAUCCCUGUUCUACUGGCUCGCUUCCUAUCCUCGCUCAUUCACUAUGUUCUUUUUUCGUCGUCUACCUUCCGCUCCAUACGAAAUCUAUCCAUCCAGUCUCGACAUCCUUUACCUCGGCCGCGCCCUCUGGUACCCCGAGCCACAUGUCACGGGCGAGCUACAGAUCGGCGAUGUGGGCUUCAUUCGUCGCGGUGCAUUCGUCAGACUAUUCAACCUCGACACCUCCGCGCCCGAGAAGAAGGUCACAUUUAAGUGGCGCAAACCCUUCAAAAACCUAGAACCCUUGCCUGCGGACAUGCUGGAGAUCGACUCGAGAAGCAGCCCGCUUGUUCCCAAACAUUAUUGCAGCCAUGGAGUCGAGGCCAGGGAGGUACAUACCUCGGCAGAUGCGUGAGUGCUUUA